AUGCAGACGCAGACCUUUUACUUUUUGGGCGAGCCCGGUGCCUCGGCCAAGGCCAUCGACCUGGAGCCCGACCUGUCCUUUGACCAGCUGCAGGCCCUCGUCGGCGCCCAUUUUGCCGUGGUCAAGCCGUCUGGCAUCGCCUUCCAGAGCGGCGACGAUGCGCUGAACGAGGUGGCCGAGAUCCUCGCGGCCGCCGAGCCGGUGGCCCUCACAGUCGAUGGACACGCAGUGCGAGACGUGCCCAGUCCACCGGGCGGUCUUCCCUACGUGGGCAACUACCUGCAGAUCUACCCAGACCACCUGGGCAACCACCAACGGCUGUUCGAGAGCCUCGGGCCCGUCAUUAAGACGGUCUCGCUCGGCCGCACCGUCUACCAGACCAAUGACCCCGAGCUUGCCCUGGUUGCCUUUGCUGAGGACGCCUUCUUCACCAAGCACAUCAACGAGGCCCAUCCGCUCUUCCCCAUCAAGACGCCUGAGGCUGGCGUCUUCCUCGGCGACACCGACACGGCCGAGUGGCGGCUCGUCCACAAGUUCCUGCCGCCAGCUCUAGGACCCAAGGCUGUGCGCCACUACGCGCCCACGAUGCAGCAGACGAUCGAGUCGGCCUUUGCCGUCUUCGACGCCCUCGACACCCAAGACACUGCCUGGAACGUGUACCCCUACAUGGUCAAGCUCGGCUCCCAGGCCGUCGGCAAGAUCACCCUCGGUAUCGACUUUGGGCACUUUGCCGGCCCUGACGCCCCCAUGCACGAGAUGGUCAGCCUGAUCGCCGAGCUGCUCUCGCUCAACAAGAAGGUCAUGUCGCGCGGCGACUGGUACCGCAGUCUUCCCUUUGGCGACCCGGCGCGACUGCGUGCCGUCCGCGCCCGUAUCGAGGCCAUCUUCGACGAGUCUGUCCGCAGCGCCACUGCCGCCGGCGUCGAGGACCUGCCGCUGCAGACGGCUGCCCUGCAGGCCGCCAACAUGGUCGACUAUGCUGUCCGCGCGGUCGACAGCAAAGGCGAGAAGCUGCCGUCUGCGAACCUCCUCUCGGCCCUCAUCGUCGUGACUGGCGCCGGCUUCACUACCACCAGCUCGCUGCUCUCGUGGCUGAUCUACUCGCUCGUCACCUAUCCCGGCGUCCAGGACCGCCUGCUGCAGGAGCUCGUCGACCACGGCUUCGACGAUGAGACCGUCCUCACUGCUGACUUCACCGACGGCCUGCCCUUCCUCGACAACUUUGUCAAGGAGACCCUGCGCCGCCACAAUCCCUCUUAUCAGCCCGGCCGCACGGCCAAGGCCGAUCUCGUCCUCCCCGGUGGCUAUCGUCUGCCGCGCGAUACCAUCCUCAUUCCGGCCCUGCACCACAUCCACAACAACCCGGCCGUGUGGGACAACCCGACGCGCUACGACCCUGACCGCUGGGACACACCGGCCGCCAAGGCCGUCCCCAAGGGGGCCUUCAUGCCCUUUGCUGCCGGCCCGCGCAUGUGCAUCGGCUUCCACUUUGCCCUGCAGGAGGUCAAGGUCUUUCUUCCCAAGCUGGUCUAUCGCUACGAGUUUAUCCGCGAGGGUGACGGGACCAUCGAGUACGACCCCAUGUUUCAGCUGAUCCGGCCCAACAAUCUUUAUGUGCGGGCGAGUCGACGUGUCAAGUGGCCCCUGAAGACGACGGCUUAG